GUCCAAAGUGGAUCAGAUCUCCCCGUGUCUUUUUAAUGGGUGCCAACAUAUCUGGUUCUGUGGUUGACAGAGAUGGUGGUGGUUCUCCUUUGAAGCCAAGACUCGGUGACAUACCGGAGAGCUGUGCGGCCUUGGUUCUGGCCAAGUUAGACCCGCCUGAGAUCUGCAAAUUGGCUCGGGUGAACCGAUCUUUCCACGGUGCUUCGUCGGCAGAUUUCAUAUGGGAAUCGAAGUUGCCAUCGAGUUAUAAGUUCAUUGUGGAGGAAGUGCUAAGAGAUACAACUCUGCUGAACCUGCAGAAGAAAGAACUUUACGCCAAACUAUGCAGGCCUAAUCCCUUUGAUGCCGACACAAAGGAGAUCUGGUUAGAUAAGAAUACAGGUGGGGUUUGUUUAUCGAUAUCUACCAUGGCGUUAACCAUCAUCGGGAUUGAUGAUCGCCGGUACUGGACUCGUAUUUCCACCGAGGAAUCUAGGUAUCCCACAGUAGCGUACCUUCAGCAAAUAUGGUGGUUCGAGGUUGAUGGAGAGGUGAAGUUUCGGUUCCCGGCGGGAACAUAUAGCCUAUUCUUCAGACUUCAGCUUGGGAAAUCUUCAAAGAGACUCGGUCGUCGUGUUUGUAACUCCGAGCACAUCCAUGGAUGGGAAAUAAAGCCCGUUCGGUUCCGGCUAACGACUUCGGACGGUCAAAGUGGUGAAUCACAGUGUUAUUUAGACAAUCCCGGAAGCUGGGUCCUUUAUAAAGUAGGAGAUUUUGUUGUGAAAAAUCGUAAUGCAUUGAUGAACAUCAAGUUUUCAUUGACUCAGAUCGAUUGUACUCACACCAAAGGUGGUCUUUGUAUCGAUGCUGCUUUAAUUUAUCCCACUAAUGUAGCUAAAGAUUGUUCAUGAGAAGUUUGUGAGAUU